CUGGCUCAGUUGUCAACAACUGUUCGGCGAGCAAGUCAAGUGUACCGUCGUACAUUUUUACCAAUUCCGUUUGCGGACAAAUAUAUAUGAAUUUUGUGCCUUUUAAAUUGUGGAACAAGACCGCGUUGGAUGGACGAGUUUAAUUGAAGUCAGUCAGCUACAAUUUCGUGAAAUUGGCUCGUCCCUGGUUAGCUAGCGUAGCUGGUGUUGGUGUUUUGAGGACGAGCUGCAGUCAGUCAGUCAGUCAGUCAGUCAGUCAGGCAGGCAGGCACGUACGUCAGUGGCGUGUCCAGCCAUUAAAAGCACACGUCUGAUCCAAACGUGUCCUAAUAUCCUGCUCCCGGGACCUAAGAUCCUCCUUCCAAUAAUGUGCGAUGGACCCUUUUGACUAUAACAGUUCAGAGCGUGCCACCCUGCCACGGAACAUGAUUGAGAACACCAUGUUCGAAGAAGAACCUGACGUUGUGGAUCUGGCCAGAGACUCGGCAGCGUAUCCGACAUUUCCGGCCCUUGACCCAGAUGAGACUGCGUACGAGCCUCGCAGCUCCCGGCUUCUGGUGCGAGGCUUGGGGGAGAACGACGUGGAUGACGACGAUGAGGACUGCGAGUCCUCGGCCCGACUUUUGGGCAUGUCCUUCAUGAACCGCAGUGCCAGCCAGAGAUCCAACGCAUCUAUUCAUGUCAGACAGUCUCUACCCAGAUCAUGUUCACCACCCUCAGCCCGCACCACGGUUGUUUGUGUGCUAUUUUUGGUCAUAGUGGCCUCCAUGACCAUGGUGUUGUACUUUUUACCUGGGUGCAACUUUACAAAGAUGGGAUGUCCUAAACAAGGAAACAAGACAUCUAAUGGCACCGAUGGGGAACUCUUCCCCUGGGCACAAUACCAGCUCCCUCGUAGCGUACGUCCUCUCAGCUACGACCUGACCUUCACCCCUGACUUCAGCACCAUGGAUUUCAGCGGCCACACCGUCAUCAACAUGUUUGUACUUCACAACACCAAGCGCAUUGUCCUGCACAGCGCUCAUCUCAACAUUAGCAAAGCUACAUUCAAGCUUGGUGACGGGGAGGCCAGUGACGUCACCAUAUUGGAGUACUUGCCAAGGGAGCAAAUAGCUGUGAAAUUCUCUGAGGAGCUGAAGGCAGGGCAGCGCUGUGUUUUGACUCUCGACUACGCUGCCAGCCUGUCGCACACCUAUGACGGUUUCUACAAUAGUUCCUACACAGAUCAGCAUGGGAACAAAAGGGUCCUGGCUGCAACCCAGUUCGAGCCGCUCUACGCUCGAAAGGCCUUCCCUUGUUUUGACGAGCCAUCAUUUAAAGCCACCUUUUUGGUGAAAAUCAACAGGAAGCCGGAGUACAUGACACUGUCCAACAUGCCUCAGCUGCACAGCACGCAGCUCGCCAGUGGCCUCGUGCAGGAUGAAUUUGCAAAGACGAGCGUCAACAUGAGCACGUACUUGGUGGCCUUCGUCGUUGGUAACUUCACCUCCGUCAGCAAAAACGUCUCCGACAUUUUGGUUUCUGUGUACAGUGUACCAGAGAAGAAAGCGCAUACUAACUACGCUCUGGAUACUGCAUCCAAACUACUUGAAUUUUACAAUGGCUACUUUGAAAUAAACUAUCCUCUUCAGAAACUAGACUUGGUUGCCGUCCCAGACUUCCUGGCAGGAGCCAUGGAGAACUGGGGUCUGAUCACCUUCAGAGAAACCGGCCUGCUGUUGGGGGGACAUUCCUCUCUUUUGCAAAAACAAAGCGUUGCUGCCAUCAUUGCACAUGAGCUGGCUCAUCAGUGGUUUGGAAACCUGGUCACAAUGAGCUGGUGGAGUGACCUGUGGCUCAACGAAGGCUUUGCCACUUUUAUGGAGUUCAUGUCAGUGCAGAGGGUGCUGCCGGAGCUUGACAUGAGUAACUUGUUCUUAGCGAUGCGAUUCCGAACCUUGGACAGAGAUGCGCUUAACUCCUCCCACGCCGUGUCCACCGAAGUCAGCACACCGGAGCAGGUGCAGGAGAUGUUCGACUCCGUGUCCUAUCAGAAGGGAGCUUCCAUUCUACUGAUGUUGAACACGUCUUUGCCAGGUGACCAGCAGUUCAGAAAAGGCAUCAUUCAGUAUCUGAAACAGUUUGCCGGUUUAAACACCGACACUGACGACCUCUGGAACAGUCUUACCGAGGUCGAGGUCUCAAGUCAGCAUCCAAAUGUGUCAGAGAUGAUGAGGUCAUGGACUUCCCAGAAAGGCUUCCCGUUGGUUACGGUAUCCCGUACGGGGGAUGUGGUCAAUUUAAAACAGGAGAUUUUCCAGCUCACAUCAGACAACUCCAAACAUUCCUCCAGCUUGUGGAAUAUUCCCGUGACCUACGUGAAUGACAGCUGUAGUUUGGGCCCUGAGUGCAAACAGUUGUUCGUGCUGAAUACGCAGUCAGGAACUUUUAAGGUGGCAGAAACAGUGAAAUGGUUGAAGUUGAACUACAGGAGCACGGGCUUCUAUAUCGUUGACUAUGGAGAAGAAGGCUGGGCUGCUCUGACUGACGCCAUGACCAAGAACUUCCAAGUUCUCACGCAGGAGGACCGCGCCUCGCUGAUACACAACAUCUUUGCACUCUCCAGACUGGGACGCGUGUCCUUCCGCCAAGUCCUCAACCUCCUGAAGUACAUGCCGAAUGAAACUGAGAGUAGUCCUGUGAGGGAGGCCUUGCUGCAGCUCCAGAACAUCUACCAGAUGCUGCAGAAAAGAUACAAGGAGGGUCUUGUCAGCCGCAUGAAGGCACAUAUUCUGAAAGACUUUGGUGUGCUGAUGGAUAAGCAAACCUGGACUAAGGAGGAGAGUAUCUCCAAACAGGACUUGAGAUCUGCCCUGUUGGAAAUGGCCUGUCAUCUCGGGCAAGAAAAAUGCACGCAGCAAGCGACAGCCAUGUUUAAGCAGUACGUGGCGUCCAAUGGAACCUCCAUGAUUCCAGGCGACCUGCAGCGAGUUGUAUUCACUGUGGCGGCUCAGUCCAAUGAGGACUGGGAAAGUUUGCUCACCUUGUAUCAUUAUGCCACGUAUGACUCCGAGAAGCAAAAGUUGCUAGAGGGCUUAGCAUCCACCCAGGACACGCAGAAAAUGGUGUGGCUUCUGAAUGCCGGCUUGAAUAGCAAUAUGAUCCAGAUCCAGAACCUUCCCUUGGUCGUCCACAGAAUCUGCCAAGGCUUAGCUGGAAACUUGAUUGCUUGGGACUUCAUUCAAGAGAACUGGAACCGGCUCACACAAACGUUCCCUGUAGGUUCCUAUGCCUUACAAUCACUCGUCAAGUCUACCACCUCUCACUUCUCUGAACAGUCGCACCUUAAUCAGGUGCAGUGUUUCUUCGCCAGCCUGAGUGAGCGCGGUUCACAGAUGCGAAGCGCGCAGGAAGCGCUGGAGACCAUCCGACUGAACCAGUCCUGGAUGGAGAAGAAUCUUCCCUCUCUUGAUAAAUGGCUUUAAUGCAGGCCAGGCACUCCUUCCAUUCUCUGCCCCCACCUCCCACACUCCCCGCAACCCCGAUACCAGUUUAGCUGGUCAACCGGGGUACGUUGUCAAGACAACCGGCAAAGUUUGCACUUUUUGUCUCUUAGCUCUGUUUCGUCCAGGUCUGUGUCGAGCUGGACCGGGUAACAUCUGACACAUGGGCUCCUGUGAGAUUUUUAAGCUAGCUCAGGGCGGCUCUGAUUGUAUCUGACGGCAACGUGUCAGACCCAAACACUCCUCACACUUGAAGCUGUGGACCAAACCUCACAUCCGACAAUCAUGCGAACGAUCCACUUUGCUUUACAGACCCUUUCAACUAGUGAGCGUUCCAACUGUUUCAUCGCUGCUAAAAAUCGAGAAACUGUUAGUCAGCAGUAUUUUUAGUUUAAAAAAAAUGUUUUUUGUCCUUGGGCCUUGCACUGUCUAUAUGCUUUAUCAUAUAGACUCAGCUGCACAUUUUUAAAGACACGAGCUUGUGACAAUGAGCAAUUUUUCCACCUAGGAAAAAUGUGUACAGAAACAGUAGCAGCCCGGAAUUAUUUGCAGCUAUAUUCGAAAGUGGUUGGUCGACCAAAAAAAAAAAAAAAAAAGAAAAGAAAAAACUUCCCAA